CAAUGGCCGACUCCCUCGUCCUCGUUCGUCACGCGUGUCGAAGUCAAUCAACGCCACCUUCUAUCAUCGGGAUCCUCGACCGCCGCCCCGAGCCGCCGGCGACGGCCGCCCGCUCCACCGUCCGCGGCGGGGGUCCUCCGUGUCGCGGCGGGUCCGCGUCUCCGUUCCGGCUAAGAUGUUCUUGGAUAUGGUCACAAAUUCAAAUGAUGGUCAAAGGCUUUCCUUUGAGGAUUUCAGGGCAGAUCUUCAAUUAUAGUUUGAUUCACUGAUGAAUAAUGAACUAGAAGGGUAAUCUAAAGUAAUGAAGUCUUUCUGUAUCAUUAUAAGGAAAAGUUUCUGCAUCCAAACUCCCUUUGGUUGAAGAUUUGUUGAUUGAUUGUCAAAUAUGUCUGAAUUACAUGACAAGACAAUGGAAGAACCCUCUCGGCAAACAAGGUCUAGUGAGGACUCAUCCCUGAAGAAUUAUAGGCUAAUAAGAAAUAUUGGCCACGGUGCAUUUGGCAAAGUGAAAGUUGCAAAGCAUAGACUAACUGGUAUCAAAGUGGCCAUUAAGAUUCUUAACCGUAAAAAAAUGAGGGAAAAGUGCAUGGAGGAGAAAGUGAGUCGGGAGAUUAAGAUUGGCAAACUACUGAAGCAUCCGCAUAUUAUCAGGCUAUAUGAGACCAUAGAGAGCAUGACUAAUGUGUAUGUUGUCAUGGAGUACGCAGAACAUGGGGACUUGUUUGAUUAUAUUGUCCAGAAUAGAAGGAUCAGAGAGGAUGAAGCAAGGAAAUUUUUUCAGCAGGUAGCAAUACCAGUCAGUUGCAUCUAUCUAUGCAUGCAUCAGCCUUUCUAUCUUUUAUAUAGGAAUGUGCUUUUGCCUCUCAAUAAGUUGUUAAUAUAUCUGUUGGGAUCUUUCUGGAAACAGAUCAUUUCAGGUUUAGAGCACUGCCACAAAUAUAGGGUGGUUCAUCGAGACCUUAAGCCUGAGAAUCUGUUGUUGGAUUCUAAUGGCAAUGUGAAAAUUAUUGAUUUUGGCUUGAGUAAUAUUAUGCACGAUGGCUAUUUUCUAAAAACAAGUUGUGGAAGUACAAAUUAUGCUGCCCCAGAGGUUAUUUCUGGUAAACUUUAUGCAGGGCCAGAGGUUGACAUCUGGAGUUGCGGUGUCGUCUUAUAUGUAGUUCUUUGUGGCGCUCUGCCUUUUGAUGAUGAAAGCAUACCUAACCUCCAUGAUAAAAUAAAGAGUGGAGUUUAUACUCUUCCAAGUCAUUUAACAACUGAAGCAAGGGAUUUGAUUGCAAGGAUGAUUGUUGUUGACCCUUUAAAGCGGAUAACCAUUCCUGAAAUUCGUCAACAUCCUUGGUUCUUGGAAAAUCUUCCUAAUUAUCUGGCUGCUGCUUUGCCAAAUAUUAAACAUCAAACGGAGAAGGUUGAUGAAGAAAUACUUGAGCAUAUGGUUGCAUUGGGAUUUAACAGGGAACAUUUGGUUCAGUCUCUUCAAAAAAGGAUACAUGAUGAUGCUACAGUGUCGUAUUACUUGCUGUUAGACAACAAUGUAUCUGGUACUAGCAUUUACAGGGCAGAGCUCAAUAAUAGUGCGGGACCUAGUUCAUCUGCUGUUCCCAGUGGUGGGUUUUCAGUAUCUGUUGCCAAGCAGCUUAUAGAACAUCAGACUACUCAGUCACGGAGUGUGGGAAGAUGGGGUCUUGGAUUUCAGUUUGGACUGCAGCCUCAUCAUAUUAUGGUAGAAGUUCUGAAUGCACUAUGUCAGCUAAAUGUCUGCUGGAAAAAGACCGGACACUACAACAUCAAGUGCAUGUGGUCUCGAGGAGGUCAAGUUCAAGACCUUACUAAAAAUUGUCAGCAUAAUGGCCUCCAUUUAGGAAAUGAACCUGCAACAAUCCAGACAAAUCAAGUGUCUCAGAACACUGUCAAGUUUGAACUGCAGCUGUAUAAAACUUGUGAAGAGAAUUAUCUGCUGGACCUCCUGAGACUCACAGGUCCCCAAAUACUCUUUUUUGAUCUCUGUGCCAGUUUCCUUGCCCGACUGCCGUUAUUCUAGAGUGGCAAUAAUUACUAGAAGAGAGAAUCUUGUCUACUCAUAAUAAGAGAGUUGCGCCAGAAAUCUAGAGAUGUGCUGACAAUUGGAGAGUACCGAGCGGGAGACGGACCACGCCAAACUUUACGAUUCUGCCUUUUCCAGCUUUUGUGUACCGUGUAAAAUAUUCUGAUACUAUGUCUAUCGUAAGAUGAACUUAUUGCUGAUGAAAGGGAGAACAUUAGACAUAAAAUAAUUGCUUUAGAACUAUCCAAAAAUUUCGACAAACAGAAACAGGUCAAGCUUUGCUCAAACGAUCUCUGAAAAACAAAUCCAGUGAGGACAAGGUCACGGAAUCUUUAGCACUUACUUAAGAAUGAAGGAUACAUAACAGGUGCCAUGGCUUGAUCAGUAAUCAUUGAAUCAGUGGUAAAAAGACAUUGAGGCAAUGAUCAUAGGGAACAUUAUCUCCAAGUUUCUGGCUAUUUUCUCGAAGGAAUACAGGGAGAAUGAAGUAAUAUAGCAUCUAUGAAUUUUAGAAUCAUGGAAAGUGAGGAGCGAGAAUCUGAUUACCAAUAGAAAGUUUCUGAGUGGAUCGAGUUCUCCAUGGCAAAACAUACAGAUAGAAUGAACCUUAAAACAAUUCAAAGCUGAUGAAUAGAAGCAGCAUCUCUCGUAUUCUGGGCUUCUCAGACUUGCAAUCCUCCCCCUGGGGGAUCAUGACCAGAGGAGCCGGAGGCCUCUUCAAGCUGCAAUGCUGACUCGAGGUUCCACAAAACAUCACUCAUUGCAGGCCUAUCAACACCAUAUUCUGCGAGACAUUUCUCUGCAGCUUCUGCAUACUUCUUAAGUGCUUGGGGGCAUAUUUUUCCUGCAAUGAUUUAUGGCUGGUCUUGCACAUAGCACCUCGAAAAGCACUACUCCAAAAGAGUAGACAUCAGAUUUGUCAGAGAGUUGCUGUCGCCUAAAGUACUCGGGAUCAAGGUAACCAAAACUACCCUUCACAGCCGUGCUCACAUGGGUUUGAUCCAAAUUAGGUGCUGCUUUAGACAACCCGAAAUCUGAAACUUUGGCUAGAAAAUUCUCGUCCAGGAGAAUAUUUGUUGUCUUCACAUCACGGUGUAUGAUGCCUUGGGCUGCACCAGUGUGGAGAUAGUGCAAACCCCGGGCUGCACCAAUGCAGAUCUCGAGCCUCUGUUUCCAUGAAAGUGGGGGAAGGCUCGAACCAUAAAGGUGGUCCCGGAGGGGUCCGUUUGCCAUGUAUUCAUACACAAGAAUCAUUUCCGAGUUCUCAUCACAAUAUCCAAUGAGUGAAACGAGGUGACGGUGCCGGACCCUGGAGAGCAUCUGUAUCUCUGUUUGGAACUCGUUGAUGCCUUGCUGUGAUGAAGGGUUUCCACGCUUGAUUGCAACUUUUUUUCCAUCUUCCAAAGCUCCAAGGUAGACUUUGCCAAACCCGCCAACUCCAAUGACUGCCUUCUCAUCAAAAUUUUGCGUUGCUUCCUGUAAUUCUUUGAAGGUGAAUGUUCGGCCAAAACCGGCACUUGCAAAAAAGCUCGAGAAACCACUCUUGCUCUUGCUGGAGCUGAGGAAGCUUGAUCUGUAGCUGGUUCUACUGGACAAGAGAUGAGCCUUGCUGUUAUUGAGAGGGGAGAACCAUGAUGAGAAGCUCUUCCCAUGUUUCCAAGUUUGAGGCUUCUUCUUCUUCUUCCAAAGAAAACUCUUGGCAAACAAGAACAUGGCUGUUAUUCCAGUUGCAAGGGCAAUGGCCGCGAAAAUCUUCAUCUUGUUUGUUCGAGGUCCUGGUCCCAAGGAGGAACCAGCUGCCAGAUCACUGUCCAGGCUUUUGGCAGGGUUGCUUAUCUUAAAGAUUUCGAUCCCAUUAAGGAUCGCAUUUGGCGAGCUUGGGUCGACUGCUGGACCGAGUUGAAUCAUAAUGGAGCCAUUUCUUAUUGCUGAGGCAUCAAGCACGAAGUCUUUAUAGUAAGGUAUUGCUAGGCCUCCCGUGAGGGAUGACAGGUCAAGACCGGAUGCACCCAUCAAACCAUUGAUGUACACGUCAAAGUACAGUUGAUUGAGGCUUUUGCUCACAAUAUCACAGAAAUGCAUCCUUAUCAUGUAUGAGAAACUUGGAUCAACACUCAUCUUCCAUGUUAGGUUGAAAUUCUGCUGAUUUACCCCGGAAUCUGCCAUUUGGUCUGCUGUAGCGUAGACGUAGUAUGGAGCAAUAUAUGCUGUGGCUCCUGGGUUUGGAUACUUGAUUACGUCAAAAGGUACAGAGACGUUUUGAGCUCCUUCUGCGAAA